AUGUUCUGCAAAACGGAGUCUAUAUUCGUGUACGGCAAAGGCAACAAAACAGCUCGUUGUCGGGUCGUUCUCCUCGUAAAGCUUACCACGUGUGAUUGCCAUGUCCGUGAAUUUGCUCAAGAGGAGGAAACACUGAAAGAAAAGGGUCGGACACUCCGAAAAUUGCGAGAUGCCGACAAAGACGAAUCACGGCUCCAGAAACUAGAUGAAGAGCAAGAGGUGCUCCAGAAGAAAUACUGGUAUCAGGAAUGGGAGCUCUACAAUUGGCAAUGCGGCAUUCCCAGUGGCCCUAUAAAACUUGCCUAUGCAUCAUUAAGAAAGGAUCCGAAAUGA